AUGAAUCACUUUGAAGCAAACUCGUGCCUGGUUUUGGUGCGGCAGCGGACUAUACUGCACGCCGUCUAUAGACAAGAGAAAACAGCUUCCCAGUGCCUGUUUCUCUGCCCCGUGGACUGGACUAAGGCCGGACGUGAAAGGAUGCAGCCGCCGAUUGCUUCACUGAAGACACAGCAGUGCUGUGCUCAAGCAGGGCACACCGCUAACGUACGUUCCAAGAUGUCCUCUGCCCGCAUGUACACCUACAAAUUCAACGGAGUUGCGAUUCUGACUUUUUAUACUGUUACAGAUUUGAGCAUUGGGGAUUUGGGGAUUGUGGAGGGCGGAAAGUAUUGUGUGUCUACUACCUCACUCGUCACCAUGCAAAACACUACGUUAAAUAAAGAGGUUAUUAUAUUUUUGUGA